GAACACGUUGGUGACAUUGGGCGUCGGCACUCGCGGCGAGGCAGUGCGGAACGCCGGAUCGCUAACGCCAGGACUGUGCCGUAGAGACCCGAGGGAGACGCAGUCUUUGAGCCGUCCGAAGCCGCAGGUGGGGCCGUCAUGGGUGACCCGGUGACCCAGCAGCCGGCGUCAAUGGGCUCGUUCGGUUACGGCGCCGGGGUGCCGCCGGGACUGGCCUACCUCUCUCAGGUCGACCAGCUGCUCGUCCAGCAGCAGAUGGAGCUGUGUGAGAUCUUCAGCGGCUGCGAGACCAACAACAGGUACAUCAUCAGCAACACGCUGGGCCAGCAGGUGUUCUCCGGCCGCGAGGACACCAACUGGUGCACGCGCCAGUGCUGCGGCCCGAUUCGGCCGUUCGAUAUCCAGGUGCAGGACGGCUCGGAGCGCGAGGUGCUGACGCUGCGCCGGCCGCUGCGCUGCCAGGGCUGCUGCUGCCCCUGCUGUCUGCAGCAGAUGGAGGUGGUGGCGGCCGACGGACAGCUGCUCGGCUCCAUCCGCGAGCGCUGGACCUUCAUCAAGCCCAAGCUGACGGUACACGACGCCAGCGGUCGGCACGUGUUCACCAUCCGCGGGCCCAUCUGCAAGUGCUCGUGCGGCGGCGACGUGCUGUUCCGCAUCCUGACAGCCGAGGACGAGCAGGAGGUGGGCUCCAUCCGCAAACAGUGGUCGGGCGUGCUGCGCGAGAUGGUCACAGACAGCGACACCUUCAGCGUCUCGUUCCCGAUCGACCUGGACGUCAGUCUCAAGGCCACGCUGCUCGGCGCGCUCCUGCUGGUCGACUUCAUGUUCUUCGAGUACUCCAACUAACGUGCGGAGGCGGCGCCGGUGAAGACGGUGCUCCUGUUGUUACGUGUGUCCGCAUCAUAUUCACUCUGAAGCCGGUGCGCGAGUUACAUGUGCGCUAUGGAACGCUGGGACUGGAGCCCACGUUGACGAUGCAUGCAUACCGUAGUCAUCCGCUCAAUGUGACGGGAGCAGCGCGAGUGGCGACAAUUCACGAGACACGAGGGAUGAGCGUGUACGUAGAAACAUAACAUAUGCUUCUGAUUAGCCAAUAACCAUACAAGCUAAACCGCUGCCAUGAGACUAGUUCGUUUCCUGACUGGCAAAGCGAACGCCGAGCGUGACUUUUUACGUGACCUUUGCGUUAUUCAGCAGUUACUUUACUUAGAGAAAGCUGACGACCUAUGCAUACUGUUAUAGUGUUAUGGCUCCAAUUAGCGAAUACAUAGAACAGCCAAUCGUCGGCGCCGACGUAACCCUUUCUCCUCCCCCCCCCCCCCUCCUUGCUACCCUUUAUCCCCAUCAACGGAGAAGUUUAUGCCCCUCCUUCCCAACGACUAGCAAUCUUACAUCAUAUCUCCAAUUUGUGUAAUUACCAAGUCGGUAGAAUGCGUUGCUCACAAUGGAGCACUGAGAUUCUGCAUCCGUUGACCGUUUUCGACAGAUGAUCGAUAGACAUUUUCAGGGCGAGUUGUGGCACAUUAUUGUUUUAUGCGAAUGGCGCCAGACCUGAGUGUCGGGUUUCUACGUCUCGAUGUGUUGCCAUCAGACCAAUGCGACUUUUCUUGCGCUGGUAACCCCCACAUUUUACAUGCCGUGCAAUCGAAAAUAUUGGACAAGUGUCAUCAACUCAAUUAUGAAGUACUUCUUAGAUCCAAUUCGUAUUUCAUAGCAAUGCCAGCCAGGUCGGCCAAGUGCCAUUGCCCCCCCCCCCCCCCCACACACACACACACGCACUUUGACCGAUAGUGCGUCGAGUGCUUGUCCAGCCUAGCUGUUAUGCUCAACCUACGUGGGAGUGUAUCUCAGCAGUCUUUCGCCCAAUGGUUCAAGGUUUGGUGUUGGCUGUUAUUUGGAUUUGUGACAUGAAGUGACUCAAUAGUGCGCUGGCGCUGUUGCCAUUAGCCAAACUGAGAAGCCAUAGAAAAUUUAGCGCAAUUUUUGAAGUACAGUGCACGUUUGUCGGUAAAUAAGUGAAGUAACACGGGUGAGAGGUCGGCCUUGACAUCAUCUCAUACCUAUCAAUCAAUUUAAUACACCCAUGCCUCAUGGAA